GUUGAAACCAUUUUCUAUGUUCUACUUCAGGUAUUUAACAAAACUUUCAGUCGCAUUUUGUAGCUUUCCUAGUUUUCACCAUGAAACAAAUUCUUCUCGCUGGUCUGCUGAUUGUCGCAGCUAUGAGCAUGGCUGCAGACCUGGAUCACAGCCCUCAGUCCGAAUGCUGUAGCGCACGGAAGUACACGGUCCCGAUUUCACCGAUAGUGGCGCCACCUAAAGAUCCGAAAAAGCCAUGGCAGUAUGCCGUCCGUGUCGGCCAAAUCCUCUAUGUGACCUCGGUGCGCGGCUUCACCUCUUUGGCCAACCGCACAAUCUCCGACCAGUACAGAACCUACAGUCAAGCUUUGCAGAUCAUGAAACUAACCGGCCAGAUCCUCAAUGAAGCCGGCUGCAAAUGGAGCAAUGUGCACGAUGUGACGGCUCUAGUCACCGGCGGCCCCGAAGAUUUCCCCAUCAUUGAAAUUGCCAUGAAAAAAUUCUGCGCUAAACCUGAAAACAACUGCUCUGGUUUUCCUUGGGCUGCCCAUAUGCGCUCUGCUCCGCUUCUUGCCGGUGACGCCUGGGUGGAAUUCUCAGUACAGGCCAGUUACUGCGACUGGAAGCCGGAGGGUCAUUAGUUCAGGUGAUAAACGAGGUUGGCUUGCCUUUCCAACAUGUGUCAGCUUCGUCUCAAAAGACAUCCACUAAAUUACUACAAACGCUUACUGCGCAUCCUUUU